AUGCGUGUCGCGCUUCUAUGGUCGCUGCUUGCGGCAGAUGCUGCGGUCGCCAGUGUAUGUAAACCUCGCCAGACAAGUGGUUCAAGCACGGCUGUGAUCGAGACUGCAACGACAGCUUCUGUUGAGUUAUCCACCAGCGUCGCGACGUCCACAGUGGAAGAUGUAACUACUACCGAAGCUGCAACGACCGUAGAGACCAGCACCGCGACAGCUGCUUCAACACUCACAGUCGCCGAAACCACAACAAGCGACGUCGCUGGACCCCUAGAAACAUUCGCCCUCGCCGCCAAAGUCGAAGGCACCGUUAGUGACGAGCUCUCAGGCGCCGACCGCGAUGGCUCUGCAGUAUUCUGGCCAACACCACGCUUUAUCGCCAGCGGUCCAGUGAUCAUCUCCAUCGACUCCACGACGGGUUAUCUCCAAACAAGCGGUGGAUUCUACCUAUGCGUUGCAUACGGAGAUGGCACUUCACCCAAUGGUGUCAAGCUUUGCAGCGCCGAGUCGCUUGAAAACCCUGCAUUUGGCGCUCUUACGUGUGAGCAGACGGAGGAUCGGAAGGUUGCAUGUGAAGCUCAAGCUGGGCAGUGCAUUAGCGAUGGUGAGAACAACAUAUGUUCCGGGCUCCCGGGGACGUAUGAUCAGUUCUAUUACUAUAAGGGACCCUUCAAUGGGGUGUAUCUCGGUAUCGGGUCUGCUGUGAAUUCCGAUGAGACCCGGCAUCUUGUUGAACUCGAGGCCAAACGAAGCAGCACAUGA